UAAAAAAGUUGUUUAACAAACUAUCAUUAAGAUACUGACACAGUUCACUAUUUCUUACGAGGGUGGAGUGCACAGAGAGGAACAGCCCACACAGCUAUUGAUUCAUUUACCUGUGCUGAGUCUUUCUCGCACGCCUUAAGUUUGCGCGAAUAUAUCCCUGGAACGUCUUUCAAAAUGCAGACAGUUAUAACUUUCUACAGAUUCUUUUUGUUGGUUAUCUGUAUUUCAAUAACAUCAAGUUUGGAAGAGUCUCAUUUUAAGAAGAUACGCAGUGGAGUUCCCGCCGAUUUAGAUAACCCCCAACAUCUUCAGAUCCAGAAUGUUUUUGGACUAACGACCUGCGCCAUUCUGUGUUCAAACGUGUCAUGCCAACAGUUCCAGUAUUCAGACACAAGUCGCUUCUGCAUCACACGACAAGCAGAGGCGGUAUCUGGUGGUGUUAUCAACCCAGGCAGUGGUUUGUUUGACACCUACAAACAAGAUCCUACGACAUGUUCAGAGAUCAGGGAGGACAACCCAGGGGCUCAAAGUGGAGAGUACCACAUCAUACCUUCAGCUCCUCAAUUCAGAGGAAUGUCAGUGAAGGUGUUCUGCCUGAUGAAUGACACACACCAGCUGGAGUAUGUCACACUGCCAAAUGAAAACAUUGGAAACUUUCCUAAAAGGUCGAACGCUUAUUGUAACAGUGAAGUGCCGUAUCUGAGAUUUGAUGGUGUUGGCCAAGAUGGAGUAACAAUGUAUCAGAAGAUCAGAAUUAUACCAUCGACAAUGGCUGUUGUGACAGAGGACACUACCUUCACCAGCGGAAACAAAACGAAGCCACACAAGUACGGUAUGGCAGUGGAUUGUUACUCAUCUACAAAAGCAUGCAAGGGAAUAGGAACCUUUCACAUUGACACCCUGGGCACUGGAAUGAAGUUCGCCACUGAACUCAUGUGGACUGGCUAUGGACACGCGGGCGAUUUGCGCAGUAUUACCCGGACACAGGAUGGCGCCAUCAUUGAUCUGGUGUGUGGAGGCUGGUGUGGGGGAUGUGUUCCUAUUGGAGACAUGGUCCUCUACCCAAACAGUCAGGAUAUUCAGCCAUAGACCAUCUGUGUGGAGGAAGAUGUGGAUAGAGGAAGCUUGUAGUAGUGUGAUCCUGACGGAGAUAUUCAGACUGUGUUGAAGAUGCCCCCAAAAAGGUGAUAAUGAAAAAGGUGCAUGCUAUUCUUGUGAUUGACGACAGUCAUCUACCGAAACACAGGCUCGAGGACCAUGUAGAUGAAGCCGAUGGUGUGUUUCGUGUAGAAUGAAGGUCCUCUAAGGACAGUCACACCCUGACUUGUGUAUGGUAUGUGCACUACUUCUGACAGUAUGUUGUGUUUAUUCAAGGUAACUUGAAAUUAGUUUCAAAUACAUUACUGUGUUGAACUUACUUUCGAAAAUCAUUGAAACACCAGGUGUCCGGCAGAAUUACAUUAUAGAUUUAUUUUUAUGGAACACCUUUGAUGCCAUCCGUCAUAAUGUGGCCAUGAGUAGAUUCAUAUCAAGUUUAUAGGUAAAUAUCUGAUGAUGGCACUUUGACAUGCAUGGACACGCACCUAUAUGCAUCGUAUGAUGGGACUUUGACAUGGUGAUUUCGCUGGUACUUUAACGACCACGAAGACAUGCUUAUCUGCAUCAGAUAUUGAGACUUUGAGUUCAUAGGUCACAUACCCUACUUGCACCUGAGUAUGGCUCUUCGUCAUUCAUGGACACGUCCGUAUGUGCAUCAGAUAAUGACUCUUCGACUUCCUUGGACACACUCAAACAUCUGACAAUAUCAAAUGUUCUCGUCACGAUAUGGCUGAAAUAUUGCCGAUGUGACGUUAAAUAUUAACUCACUCACUCACUCAAACAGCUGAUGAUGGCCACACUUUCAAAGUAUAUUUAAUCUCACCACACGUUUAAGCAAAGUAUAUAUAUGUUCGUUUAAAUCAAUGGCUGAAUAUGUCUAAAUUGUCAACAGCUGAGGGGAUGAUGUAAGUCCAGCUAGGGGCC